UCUGCUAAAAUAAAAAAUAUUAUGCCUAAUGCAAUUGCAAAUAUAAGAAAAAUGAUUUUUAGUUGCGAAUGAAAAAGGAAUGCACUUGAGAGUGUAUUCUCUUCAAGACUUAACAGAAUCACGAAUAUAGUCUCCACAUCUUUAAAAUCCUAAAACUAAUACAGGAUAGGAAAGGAAGUGAAUAACGUGUACGAAGCAAAAAAUCGAAAAAAGUGCUGCCUUGUAGGAUCUAAAAGAAGAAAAAAAAAUAAUUUCGACGGAAUAGAGGAGACGAAGAUAGCGUAAGAACGAGAUAAAAAGACUGCAUCCAAAUGAGAGAAAGAGAUAGAAAGAAAGAGAGGGAGAGAGAAUGGAAGAAAGAGAGAGAGAGAGAGAGAGAGAGCGCAAGAUAAAUAGAGAGUAACCUAGAGAAGGACAGAGAAUACCGUGUGAGACGUUGGAACGUUGCGAAGUAUAAGGCAACGUGGCGAGCACGACUGCACUGGCGAUGAGGCGAACGUACGGACCGUCGGACGGACGGAGCACGCCGGGUAUACGCGAGCGUGCGAGUGAGAGAUACGUGGAAGCCUAAGUGUGGGAAGAGAGUCCGUGGUAUCGGCGAAAAGGAAGAUCGGAGCGAGAGGUGAACCGAUGGAGAAAGAGACCCAUUCAUCUUGGCGCGCCUAGCACGCCUGCGAUUGGUCCGCCACGGGUGAGGCCGCGCGACGAUUGGACCGCUCUGUUUACCAGCUGGUACCCCGGCGCGUUCGCCGCGACACUCGCGCGAAGAGAGGGGGAGGAACAGAACGGGAGAGACAAGCGGCGCCAUUAUUGUAAGGGGUUACAUUUAGCUCGCCGUGGGUUGUAGUACGCGGCGUUCGGGAUAGGGGGCUAUAGUACCUUCAUGCAUGGCCCAUAAAGGAUUCGUCGACUAUCCGAGAAGUACGCAAGAAACGGCUUCUAACACCUGACAGGGGCCACGCUCUUCUCUUCUCUCUCCUCGUGUCGUCGCCGGGUUCUCAUCGUCGCCCAAUUUCCGAGUUGGGACUACGAGUUGGGUCGUCCGGGGUGGGUCCGGGUUGUGAAGAAGGACCCGCUGCUUUAUCGUCGAUUAUUAUUCCGAUAUCGGGUGGAUUUGUAAUCGGGAGGGCGUGCGAUUACAAAUCGAGCGGAGGGAUCGUGAUUUUCGUAAACGCGAGGAUCCGCGAAGAUCCGCGCGUGGCUCUCCUGAUCCCCUGAGAGAGAGAGAGAGAGAGAGAGAGUGAGAGGAGGGACAUGUCAUUUGCCAUCGCGGACGAUCGGUGAUUCGUGGUCCAGUAGUUUCCCAGUGACCGCGUGCGUUUCCGCCGCGUUCGAUAUUGUUAUUGUGAUAAUGUGCUGAGUUGCAUAAGUGGUACCGGUAAAAGUGGACGUUAAUUGUUUGAUAGGGAAAGAGAUAGUGGACGGGCGCGGGGAGAGCGAUUAAAACUCGAGGUAUCUUCAGGCGGCGAAAAAAAAGUGUGCGCGGGAGCGAGAAAGCGCGAUUUCUUUGAUCAUCGAUCAGAGGUAGCAGUGCAUGCAUCGUCAUCCGUGUAAUAUUACGGAUUACGCGAUGAGACAACAGCCGAUGGACGUGUCAUCACGGUGUCGGUGUUGAGACACUCGUCCCGGUCGUCCUCCGUCCGGGCGUGUCCUCGGCAUCGGGUCCGCAUCGGCACCGACAGCGGCGAUAUGAGUACGAAAUUCAUAAUUGAUAGUAUGCUACCAGCUAAGUAUCAACAAUUUCAUCCGCAACAGUUGUUCUCAAGCGCGAAUCCAGGUACCAUUCAGGCGUGUACGACGAGUCCGGCAACCGCGAGUCUAGAAUCGAGUCUAUCCGCGGCUGCAGUAGCGGCCGCGGCUGUCAAUUACGCGCAACAGCACAAUUCCCCGAGCCCGACGGGUUCGAGUCCCCAGCAUUCAGGUAGCUCAGCUUCCACAUCACCGGCGGCGCGUACGACGUCCGGAAUGUAUCCAUACGUGUCCGCCGCGGCGGCCCAUCAUCAUCAUCAGCAGCAGCAAGCGGUGGCGGCCGCCGCCUUCGGCGCCACGUCCAGCAUGGUACCCGGCUUUGGUUCCACGGCUGCGUCCAGCGCUGCCCUGGCCGCCGCCGCGGCCGUCGACGCCGCCACCGCCGGCGACAAGUCCUGCCGUUAUACGGCCAGUUUAACCGGGAACGUGGCCCCCGCGUCGGCCGAUCCUAUGGUUAAUUAUACCCUAGGUCACCAUCAUCAAAACGGCGCUACACCCGGUAGUCUCGUUUCUUCCGCGUCCGCUUCCUCGGCCGUGUCAGCUGCUUCGGCCUCUAUGGCAGCGGCGGCACAAUUCUACCAUCAGGCGGCCGCCGCAUCGGCCGUCGUCGAUCCUUUGACGUCCUGCCAACAACCCACCACCGGUCAACCCGGGAUCUCGGACAUACCUCGGUAUCCGUGGAUGUCGAUUACCGAUUGGAUGAGUCCAUUUGAUAGAGUUGUAUGCGGUCCUAAUGGCUGCCCGAGGCGCAGAGGUCGACAAACAUACACGCGGUUCCAAACACUGGAAUUAGAAAAAGAAUUUCAUUUCAAUCACUAUCUGACGCGACGGCGACGAAUAGAGAUCGCUCAUGCGCUCUGUCUAACGGAACGGCAGAUCAAGAUCUGGUUCCAAAAUCGGCGAAUGAAACUGAAAAAGGAGUUGAGAGCGGUUAAGGAGAUCAACGAGCAGGCUAGACGCGAGCGCGAGGAACAAGACAUGAUGAAGAAACAGCAGGCGGAGAAACAGGCCAAGUUGCAGCAGGAGCAGCAGAGCGCCGCCCUUCAGCAUCAGCAACAGCAUCACGAAGACACAAGAGACUGGAGCGGCCUGGACGAAGACUCCGAAGCGAAGUAGUUGGUAAGCUCGGCUACGUAAGAAGAUGAUCCCGAGUUCUUCUCCUCUCUCAUCUUCACACGCGAGAAACAGGUACGAAACAUCCGACGCAAAAGUUAUUUGCGAUCUUCUUCGAUCUGUGUCGGUGAGUUCGCAAAUAGAGAACUUCGUGAUCACCGAUCUUGCAUCAAGGUAGAAGACGACGAGAAUUUAGGAGAUUCCUGAGAAGGUACACACGGAGCGCGGCAGUCUUCUCCGGGCAGGGAAAGGUACGAAAAAUGCCUUGCUGAGUCGGUUCUCCCAUCUUUUUUUUUUUGUUUACAUAAGAAAGAAAAAAUUACUUAGACAUUACACUAGAGAAAGAACUCUGAAAGCAGAUAGAGAAUGUGACCGCACCCUAUCCCCCCAGCUACGUACUUACUUGGCUAGCCCCCGUAGAACGAAAUCGCCCCGGGGUACAGCCUGUGACUGAUUCCUAGAACGUAUAAUGUAUAUUGUUAAUCGGGUGCUACACAAUGAGCCAUUAUCGCAUAUGAUGAACGAAUUGGCGCGAUACUGCCAUGGACGGAGCCAAUUAUUAUAUCGAGGCGGUGAGUAGACUAGUUAAAUGGGCCAAAACUGAAGGAUUAAUGGUCGUAUGGCCAAUCGAAUUAUCAACUACGACGACGCUAAUUAAUCGAUUAUUUGGUCGAAUCUUGAAAGAAGGAAGUAAUUUAACCAAGCUGCACGAACGAGCGAAUGUCCUGGCAUCCAACUGUAUGACGACGAAGAGAUGAUUGAAGAUUUAGCUGAUAUUCGAGCGAUCGCUUACUUUGUCGUGAUAUGCGAAUUCCUGAAUUCAGCUAUAUCUUCUUCUGUCGCAUUAGAACACAACGUCGUUCCGGAGGAAGAAAACGAUGGGGCUAUUUUGAGGAAACAGCCUUAUCGUUCUCGAUGUUGAAAUGUUUGAUCUUCAACGUCAUACGCGAACGUUUUGCUUCCUUCGUACGAUCGCUAAUGGUAAUUAAAAGAGGCGAUUAAAACUCGGAAUUUUCUCGAGGAAACAACGAACAACGUGUCUCUCGCGCGAUUGCGGACAAAUAUUUACGAUAUCCUCUUCCGAUAUCGGGCUCAAAUUAUAAGUAACUGGCGUACCACUUUUUAUUUUUCUUACUUUACAUCACUUACUUUGACAGAUUCAAUUUUUGUGAGUCUUUUUAAAGUUAGCUUGACGUUAUUCAUGUCGACUUUGUUAAAAUGCCGAAGCUUUUUGUCAAACAAAUAAAGA